GACGCCGCGAGCGCCGAUCGACGGCGUCGAUCGACGCGACGCGACGCGCUCGAAUCACCGCGCGCGCCGUGCGCGAACGCGACGCGACGCGCGCGACGCGAAGAGGGACGCGACGCGGGACGCGACGGCAUACCGCGGACGACGGCGUCCGGACGACGGCGCGCGCGGACGCGGGACGCGACGCGACGCGACGCGAGCGGCGCUCUUCCGCGCGUCGAGUGAACGAUGCCGAAGCGAUUGGUGUCGCAGGGAAUGCUGCCGGACGUGUUCCAGCAGUACAUCAUGAAGUACCUGGACGACACGGAUUGCAACGUGCUGUCGCGCGUGUCGCACGGGUGCCUGGACGCGGUGAUCGAGUCGGGACGCGAUCCGGUGUGCGCGAUGCGGGUGAGUAAGUUCGUGCACUCGCCGGCGAUGUUGAGGUGGGCGCAGACGCAGGGCGUGCCGUGGGAUUGGCGGUUGUGUCGCGCGGCGGCGGCGAGCGGGAAGCUGGAGAGCGUGCAGUGGCUGCGCGAGCAGGGGUUCUACGCGGGGCCGAAACCGGAGGAGUGGGGGUAUCGAAACGGGUGCCCGUGGACGGCGGACACGUGCGUGGCGGCGGCGCGGGGAGGGCACUUGGAUAUUUUGAAGUGGGCGCACGCGCACGGGUGCCCGUUGAACUCGGCGGUGUUCGCGAACGCGGCGAACGGGGGGUACUUUGAAAUGAUGUGCUGGCUUCGCGAGGUGGGGUGUCCGUGGGACGAAUUGACGCCGAUUUGCGCCGCUCGAGGAGGGCAUUUGGAGAUUUUACGCUGGUUAAAGGCGGAAGGGUGUCCGUGGGGAAGCGCGGUGUGCGCGAAGGCGGCGAAGAACGGCCAGCUCGCGGUGCUGAAGUGGCUGAAACGACACAACUUCCACUGGCACUCGAGCGCGAUUCAGUACGCGUGCGAGGGCGGGCACUUGGAGGCGCUGAAGUGGUUGCGCGCGGAGGGCGAGACCUGGGACGAGCAAGCGGUGUGGGACGCGGCCAAGGGCGGACACUUACACGUUCUCGAGUGGUUGCGAGCGGAGAACUGUCCAUGGCCGCACUCGGCGGGCGACGUCGCCGCGCGCUUCGGCCACCUCGACUGCCUCAAGUUUUUGCACUCGCAAGGGGGGAUCCUGCACGACUGGACGUGCCAAGAAGCCGCGGUGGGUGGGCAUUUGGACAUGCUCAAGUGGUUACGAAUGCAAGGCUGCCCCUGGAACUUGUGGACGCCCGUGCAAGCGGCGCGACACGGCCAUCUCGAGGUGUUGAAGUGGGCGCAUAAACAGGGGUGCCCCGUCGACGCGCGCGUGUGCGCCGCCGCGGCGUACGGCGGUCACGUCGAGUUGCUCGAGUACCUUCGCGCCGAAGAAGUGCCUUGGGAUGAACAAACGUGCGCGCACGCCGCGCUCGGUGGUCACUUGAGCGUGCUGCAGUGGGCGCGCGCGCGCGGUUGUCCAUGGAACAUGUACACGUGCGAGUACAGCGCGUGGGAGGGAAAUUUGCACAUUUUGAAGUGGGCGCGUCAGCACGGGUGCUUGUGGAACUCACGCACGUGCGCGUUCGCCGCUAUAGGCGGACACUUGGACGUCUUAAAAUGGCUUCGUCAGCACGGAUGCCCUUGGGACGGUUGGACGAUUCAGAAAGCCACGGAAGAGGGCAACUUUGAACUUCGCGACUGGGCGCUCAAGCACGGCUGCCUCUCGACUUCGGCGUCGACGGAGUUUAAUUUGUCCAAUUUCCCCAACGAUGAAUUUUUACAAAUGCUCGAUGGAUAACAUCGUUGCAUACGCUUUAACGCGCACGCCGCUUUCAUCGAUGCAGUACCGACGGUGAACGACACAGUAGAUUAGUAGGGCGCUUCGCCAAAGCGCGUUUCACACGAAACGCUCAGCUUUGCAAUCAUGAUUACAGACUAAGCAUUUC